AUGUUUCGGUGUUGGUGCCUCGUGCAUGUGCGCCCCCUGGAGCUGGCGCUCACCUGGAGCCACAACGGCGUCGUCAACAAGAAGUUCGUGCUGCAGGAGAACGACACGGGCGACAUCCUGUGGGACAACUUCACGCUCCCGGAGCUGAACAACUUCCUGUUGAUGCUCAACAAGGAGGAGGACGAGUACAAGCGGCGGGUGCGGCAGAAGUACGCCGAGAUGAAGCGACGCAUCGACGAGCAGAUGGAGCAGCUGAAGCGGGGCGUCCCGAAUCACGUGCCCGACAGCACAUAGGUGCCAUCUGCCCCGAUCUAGCUACUGUCGGCGCUGGUGCGCUCGAGGCCGGCCGGUAAGGGCGGAUCUCCAGGCUGGCAGCCGAGCGGGCGGCG